AAUUGAUGGCAUAGACACCCAAACCAUCAUAGACGAAGUUGAUGAAGAUAUACAUUUGCUUAUUCCAACGCAUCAUCAAAAAGGAAUUCAUGAAACGUUACAAGUUGAAAAUGAUAAUGAUGAUGAUUUUGGAACGAAACGUUAUGUUGAAAAUUAUGAAAGUGAUGACUUGACAGAUUCUUCAACUUUAGAGAAUUCCGUGUCAUUGAAAGAGAUCACCCAAAUACAGUCAUUAAGUUUUGGAGAUAUAGGAAGUGUCAGUCACAUAGAUCAUUUGUUAUCAGUUUAUCCUGAACAUUAUCAAAAUCUUCCAACCAUUAAUGUUACCCCGUCAUCACCACAAUUUCAAGAAAAUAAAAAAGAAUUCGCGAUGGAUAUACUUGGCCUCGAUCUUAAAGCACCGGGUACACCAUAUAAGGAAUUCGUACUAGCCUUUUCUUGGGCCGUUUACAUUUUUGAACAAUAUUUAGGUGUCCGUCAAUAUCGGAAACUUCGCGAACCAAAUCCACCAAAAUCUCUGCAAGAUAUUGAAGAAAUUCGGGAGAAAUUUCAUAAAACACAAGAGUAUGGCCUUGACAAGGCGAAGUUUGGGUUUGUGUCGGGUUUGUUUGGACAAGUACAAAGUACGUGGAUAAUCGUGUGGGAUGUACUUCCAUGGUUAUGGAAUCUCUCUGGAGAGUGGUUGACAUAUGCCGGGUACGGGACGGAUUAUGAGAUAACACAAUCAUUGAUUUUCACCGUAACAAUUACUACUAUGUUAUACUUCAUAUCCCUCCCUCUAAGUCUUUACUAUACUUUUGUUAUUGAAGAGCGUCAUGGUUUUAACAAAAUGACUUUAGGAUUAUUUGUUAUGGACACGGUUAAGGGUUUUUUGAUUACUGGGGUUAUAGGUCUUCCAAUUAUAGCUUUAGGUUUACAAAUCAUCAAGUGGAGUGGUGACAAUUUCUACUUUUAUGUUUGGGUGUUUAUGAUAAUUUUUAAUUUCAUACUACUUACCAUUUACCCAACACUUAUUCAACCUUUGUUCAAUAAGGUUACACCACUUCCCGAAGGUGAACUUCGUGAACAAAUUGAAGCAUUAGCCGCCCGUAUUAAAUUCCCUCUUAAAAAAUUACAUGUAAUAGAUGGUAGUAAGAGAUCUGGGCAUUCUAAUGCCUAUUUUUAUGGAUUUUUCAAAAAUAAGCAAAUUGUUAUAUAUGAUACCUUAAUAGAACAAGCGAAUAAUGAGGAAAUAUUGGCCGUUGUUGGUCAUGAAUUAGGACAUUGGAGUCUAAAUCAUUCCGUAAAAGUUCUUACCAUUUAUCAGAUUCACAAUUUAUUCCUAUUCUUUGUAUUUUCUCAAUUUAUUAGCAACACAGUUCUUUAUAGAUCAUUCGGGUUUGAAACACAGCCAACUUUGAUUGGAUUUAUAUUGUUUCAAUUCAUUUAUGCUCCUAUUGAGAAUGUUGUUGCAUUUUUGAUGAACAUAUUAAGCAGAAAACAUGAAUUCGAAGCCGAUGCUUUCGCAAAGAAAUUGGGUUAUGGAAAACAGCUUCGUACAGGAUUAAUCAAAAUUCAAAUAAAAAAUUUAGGAAAUAUAAAUAAUGACGCGUGGUACUCAGCAUAUCAUUUUUCACAUCCACCUCUUCCAGAAAGAUUAAAUGCAUUAGAAAAAAUGGACUAA